GAUAAAUUUAGCUGCACCUGUGGACAUCGGAUUGUGAACAGGAUAUACCUAAUGUUUCAUCAGUUCUAUGCCUAACUUUUAGAUAAAUACUCUCAACGUUUCUACAAUAAAAAUCUAGAUAGCCAAGUAUAUGGUUUACUUUAUGAGGUAUUUUACAAUAACUAAUACUAAAUGUGUAUGUAGUAGUUUGUAACACAUAAAACACAUUAAAAAACAUCAAACUUAAUUCCUUACGCAUAUGUGGAUGAUUUAUUCACAUUAAGUUCUAAUGAGUUUAACAUAUUUUAAAAUUUGACUUUUAUCUGAAUCAACGUUCCAAUUGUUUAAGAUCCUAAUAUGGUAAGUAGAAUAACAAUUUUUUAAAUCAUAGAAAAAAUAUCAAUGCAUUUUAAUAAUACUUGGAAGGGAAUAACAGUGGCAUAGUUGAUGACUGAACAUAGCAAUUGAAAUCCUGAAAUUGACCGUGCAAAAUAAAAGAGAACGUUUUAUAUGAUUUAACUUUAGAAGCGGCAACUAAAAGGAGCUCAUUCAUUUAGCAAGACGAAAACUAAUUAAAUAAGUAAAUGAUCCCUAUACCAGUUUAAUCUUUGAACUUUCUUGCUUGAAAUAUAAUUUUUCAGCCACCAUUAUUGAAUAAUCUUAACUUUUCAGUAAUAGAAGUUUAAAUUUCCGAUAAUCACUCAGUCUGGAGAUUUAUUUAUGUUAUUAAUGGGUAUGACCUAGAAGAAAAUGAUCCUAUAUACAAAAAUACCAAUUUGGCCAAUUUAAUCAAACCUGAUUAAAGAGUAAUUUGUUUUACUUUAACUCCAUCAAACUUAAUCAAACCGCGACAUCAUCAAACAAAUUAAAAUGUUUACAACUGCUCUCUGUUUUAGAAGUGAAAUUAAUGGUAACAAUUUAAUUAUUAGUUAGAGUAGAGUUUUCUUUGAUAAUAAUUAAUCUGAGAAACAGUAGGACAUUAAUUCUAUUCAUGAAAAACAAGAAAAUAAAGUUAAAUAUUUAAGCAUAUUUUAAUUGUCUUUGGCAAACAUUUUUAUUGUAUAUGUACUUUGACAUCCAAUGCCUGAAAAACUUUGCAUAAAUCAAAAUCUGGACAUGGAAACUAUCAAUAACACCCUAGUGUUGCAGUUGGAGUAUGAAAGCUACCAGAAACUCCUUUUUCAGUAGAAGAAUCAAAAUUAGGGAAGUGAAAAUAUCUGAGGAACGCCUAAAUAUAGAAGCAGGAAUAUAUCAAAAGUUAGAAGCGAAUACAUAUUUUAAUUUAUUGGUUGCACAAGCCAUUUUCGCAAAUCUAUUGUGUGAGGCUGAAUUUACAACGUAAAUAUACAGGGGUGUUUUCUAAUUGAAUAUUAAUAUUUAAGGAGGCGAUUUUUGGGUCCAGUUUAAGAAGAAAACUGAACGUAUGUCCUGAACUUUUUAACUUUUGAGAUACAGUUGACCUCAACUAAAUAUUUCAGUCGAUGAGUCCAUAAUUAUUUUUAGUACAAGUUAAUUGAAUAAUAAUUUGUAUUUCUUUUUCAACUCUCUUUAUAAGAAAACAAUAAUUCAACUUAAUUGAUACUAAUCACGUGUAAAGGGAUAGAGAUUUAUUUUCAUGGCCGAAAUCGUUAUAGUAGGCCCACUCCUUCUGGAUCGCAUAUUAUUUUCCAUCCAUAUUAAGAACAUGCGGCCAGUGCCAGUAUGUUUCAGACACUUGUUUCGGUUAAACCAUAGCGUAACGAAAUAAAUUAACGUACAUUGUCUUAAAUUAAUAUUUACUGAAUAAUACAACUAGUUAUUUAGCAGUUUGAGUUUGAUUUAUAGAUCAUAGUUUAUAUUGCAAUGGAUUUUUUACAUUAUUCCGAUUACGCACAAAUUUCUCAGCCACAGUCGUUACUUACCAAAAGGGGUAAUGCCGGUCCAAACUUAAACAAAAGACGGAAAAGUUCAAAUCAAGAUUUUUCUGCACCAUUGAAACAGAGAAGCCAAGCUAAUGCUAGAGAAAGGGAUAGAACUCACAGUAAUUACUGUUUCAGCGUAAACACUGCCUUUUCCACGCUCAGAACCCUGAUUCCUACCGAACCAAAAGACAGAAAAUUGAGUAAAAUCGAAACGCUCAGAUUGGCUUCCAGUUAUAUUUCGCAUCUUGGGACACAGCUAAUGGCAGGUCCAGUAGAUCAACCGUGUCUGAGAUUGCUCCAAAAUUUGACAGACGAUGAUAGUUCAAAUUCUGGACAUGGUAGUAGACAAGUGUGCACAUUUUGUAUAUCACAUAAAAAAUAUCCGAAACUACUUCCCCAAGAAGACUAUACCACAUGCCAAUCAUACGACUGUCAACAGAUGCUAUUGGAAUCACCACCUGAAUCUUUAUCGCCUAUUUUAAUAACCAGCACAGCAGAUUUGAAUAAAAUUUAUCAACACAAAUAGCUCAAUAUUUUUGGAAUAGGUUGUGGUGAACAAUUUGAUUUUCCUAAAAUUAUGGGUCCCAAAUUAACGAAUGAUUGAUUCAUCACCUACAUAAAUUUUGUUUCAAAAUAAAAUUUUGAUUUUAUAGCGAUAUAUCUUCCCAUAUAUUUGAUACUAAUGCGGAAAAGUUUUGUAAAUAUUAACAAUAAAUAGUUAUUUUUCAAUACUGUGAUCUUUCUAUUUUUCAAGCAAAGGUUUGAAUAAUGGUACCCACAACUCUAAAUGUUGAUACAAAUCUCAAAUACUAAAUAAGCAUUUGAAAACUUGAAAUUGUUUCCAAUAAAUAUAUAGAUUUGUUCCUUAACAAACAAGUCAUAACUAUGUACCAGCAUGAAAAUACUUUAGUCUCCGAUGACUCACAAAAAACGCUCGGCCCUAAUAAAAAAUAAUUAAAAACAAGAAUUCUGUUACGCCACAUUAAUUAAAAAUUUCAAUUAAACGGCUAUAAAAAAUAAUUAGGCCCAAAGCGCGGGCAUUGUUUAUAUCAAUCAAGUCAUUUUUCUUCCUACAAAUUCGACGUAAAUCAUUGUAAAAUUAAUAAGGCAGGCAGCUGCGACUAUUUCCACAAUCCAAGAGAAAACAUUUCGUCUACAUGGUUCACUUAAUUUGUUGCUUGGCUAUUUAUAGCGAAAUAUUAGUUAGUGAGUCAUGCUGAUAUGGAAGAGUCGAAUGCUAACAACGUGGAAUGGUACAAAAAAUAUCGUUCAAGUAAUUCAUAUAAUAUUCAAACAAAAAACAUAAUUAAUGCUGUUGUAAGAAUUAUUCAACAAUGUCUUGGCUAUUUUCAUGACAUUUCACCAAUAUAAACAGGAUGUCCGGAAUAACUUGAAGUAUAUGGAUAUUUUGGAAACCAUUGAAGACACAAGGUGGACUCCCGAAGACACUGCAAAACUACUACUAGAAACCCAUAUUUCAGAAUGUAAAAUCAUACACGCCGCCGAAAUCCCAGUGUGGCCCGACAACUGGACCCCAUUAUGGUAAACGGUCAUUCAUUUGGGCAAUAUGUACCUUCAAACCAUUUAAAUCCACAACAGUUGACGCAGUCAUUCCCGCAAUGCUUCAGUAGGUUCUGGUGGCAAUUAUUUCACACCUUUACGUAUUAUUCAAGGCCUGUCUUGUCCUAAAUACCCAUGAAGUAGAGAGAAGUUUAGGUCACCUUUACCCCUAAACCUGAAAAGGACAACAACUCUCAUCCUAAAUCAUACAGACCGAUUAGUCUAUAUUCGUUUCUCAUGAAAACCCUCUAAAGGCUAUG